GUCUUUGACUGGCACGACCGCCACGUCGUGCAAAGUAUCAUUCAUUCGCAAGAACAAACAACCACUCGCACGCCACUUCCGGCGAUCCCCUCUCUCUCUCUCUCUGCGUUGUCCGAAGUCCAAAGCCUCUGACUCUGAAAUCGGCGCUCUCUCGCUAUAGAUUUUCUCGGUUGUUUUGUCUUCUCCAGGCUAGAUUCUGUGGUCGAGGCGAAGCUAACAAGCAAGGAGAAUGGACGGUGGCCGGAUCGACGACGACGACGACGACCUUAUUCUGCCAGGGUUUACGGUCGGCACCGCUCCGGCUUCGGCUUCGACUUCGUACGAUGGCCGCCGUGAUCCUCACACUGGCCGCACCCCUCCGAUCAAGGUGUUUGAUCGCUUCUACGGCUCGCCUUCCUCUUCCGACGACGACGACGACGACGACGAUGAUAAUUCUCCCGGUACUGGAAGCAGCGGCGGUGGAACAGACAGUUACGGGAGUGUCGUUGUCCAGAGCGCUGGCAAGCGCCUUGAUUACAUGAUUCAGUUCUUGGAUCGCAAGCUGUCGUCCCCCGAGAAUUACUAUAAUAGUAAUGGGAGUAGUGAUAGAGGUGGUGAUGGGGAGAGUAAGGCGGCGGAGAAUAGGUCGUUGCCGGAGUUCGUGGGGAGGGGCGGGGGAAAUGGAAUCUUCAGGGUUCCGCACCGAGCGGCCGUGGACCCUGGCCGGCCUCCGAGCCUCGAACUGCGGCCGCAUCCGCUCAGGGAGACUCAAAUUGGGCGUUUCCUUAGGAGACUUCUGGUUGUACCAAUGGAUUCGUCGUCUCAAUUGUGGGCGGGGUCAGAGCGCGGAGUUAGGUUUUGGAAUUUGUCGGAAUUGUAUGCCCCCCAAAUUGAUCCACUUGGAGCAACGAGGUGUGGAGAUGAAGAGGCGGAGGAGGAGGAGAGCGCUCCCUUUUAUGAAUCGGCGCACACUUCGCCUACUCUCUGCCUUGUUGGGGAUGCGGCGAAUAGAGUGGUAUGGAGUGGGCACAGGGAUGGUAGAAUAAGGUCAUGGAAGAUGAUGACGGCGGGAAAAAUGGAUCCGGCACGCAGUGCUUUCAGGGAGACUCUUUCCUGGCAGGCUCAUCCCACUCCUGUGCUUUCACUUGUUAUAACUUCUCAUGGAGAUUUAUGGUCGGGCUCUGAGGGAGGCGUAAUCAAGAUUUGGCCAUGGGAAUCCAUUGAAAAAUCUCGUUCUCUAACACUGGAAGAAAGACACAUGGCUGCACUAAUGGUCGAAAGGUCAUAUAUUGACCUCAGGAGCCAAGUCACUACAAUGAAUGGUAUCUCCAAUAUUUUUACUUCAGAUGUUCGGCAUAUGUCAUCUGAUCGUUCAGGUGCUAGAGUGUGGAGUGUUGGGUAUCUUUCAUUUGCUUUGUGGGAUUCUCGUACUCGGGAGUUACUGAAAGUGUUCAACUUAGAUGGUCAGGUUGAGAACUUAUCAAUAGUACAAGAUCCCAUGAUGGAAGAUGAGGUGAAACUGAAGUUUGCAUCUGUUGUGAGGAAGGAACGACCACAAACUAGCAUUAGUUUCUUUCAGCGUUCAUGUAAUGUUAUAAUGGGAGCUGCUGAUGCUGUUCGCCGCGUUGCAGUCAAGGGAGCUUUUGGAGAUGAUAAUCGGAGAACUGAAGCAUUAAUCACAACGAUUGAUGGAAUGAUUUGGACUGGCAGUCUAAAUGGGCUUCUUAUGCAGUGGGAUGGAAAUGGGAAUCGUUUGCAAGAAUUUCAGCAUCAUGGCCUUGCCGUUCAAUGCUUGUGUACAUUUGGGACUCGAAUAUGGGUAGGUUAUGUGAGUGGCACUGUCCAGGUAUUGGAUCUCAAUGGCAAGUUUCUUGGAGGAUGGGUGGCUCACGACGGACCUGUUAUAGAUAUGGCAGUUGGUGCUGGUUAUAUUUUCACAUUGGCUAACCAUGGUGGUAUAAGGGCAUGGAGUGUCACUUCUCCUGGACCUCUUGAUGGUAUAUUACGCUCAGAAUUAGCCACAAAAGAAUUUCUAUAUACUAGGAUACAGAAUUUGAAAAUCUUAGCUGGUACAUGGAACGUUGGACAAGGAAGAGCCACUCACGACUCAGUCAUAACAUGGUUAGGUUCUGCGGCUGCAGAUGUGGGGAUAAUAGUAGUUGGCUUGCAGGAAGUUGAAAUGGGUGCAGGUUUCCUAGCAAUGUCUGCCGCAAAAGAAACUGUUGGUCUUGAGGGGAGCUCUGCUGGACAGUGGUGGUUGGAUAUGAUAGGGAAAACUUUGGAUGAGGGAUUGACUUUUGCACGUGUUGGAUCCAGGCAGCUGGCAGGCUUGCUUAUUGCCGUCUGGGUUAGAAACAAUAUUAGAGCUCAUGUUGGGGAUGUUGAUGUUGCAGCAGUGCCUUGUGGUUUAGGGCGUGCAAUUGGUAAUAAGGGAGCAGUUGGUUUGAGAAUGAGAGUCUAUGGUCGGAUAAUGUGCUUUGUGAACUGUCACUUUGCCGCACAUUUGGAAGCAGUUAAUCGCCGCAAUGCUGACUUUGAUCAUGUAUAUCGCACAAUGAUCUUUAGUAGGCCAUCUAACCUUGUCAAUGCUGUGGCUGGUAUGCUGCCAUACCUCUUCUCAUCUUGCUUGCUUGCCUGCUCAGUGUAUUUAUGUUGGCAUUUUUAUCAUUCUCGCUUGCCAUUGGUCCUUAUUGCAGCUAGCGUGUCAUCCUCCAUUCAAAUGCUUCGUGGUACAAAUGCCAUGGAUGUUAACUCUGUGGAAGGGAUGCCUGAGCUAUCUGAGGCAGACAUGGUUGUAUUUCUUGGUGACUUAAAUUAUCGGCUUGAUGGUGUAUCAUAUGAUGAAGCAAGGGAUUUUGUUUCACAAAGAUCCUUUGAUUGGCUUAGAGAAAGAGAUCAACUUCGUGCUGAAAUGAAAGCUGGGAAUGUCUUCCAAGGAAUGCAUGAAGCAAUUAUUUCAUUUCCUCCAACUUACAAAUUUGAAAAGCACCAAGCUGGUCUAGCAGGGUAUGAUUCUGGUGAAAAGAAACGUGUUCCUGCAUGGUGUGACAGAAUUUUAUACCGUGAUAGCCGCUCAGCUUCAGUAUCUUCAUGCAGUUUAGAUUGUCCUGUCGUCUCGUCAAUUACUCAAUAUGAGGCUUGCAUGGACGUGACAGACAGUGAUCACAAACCCGUCCGUUGCAUGUUUAACGUUGAGAUUGCUCGAGUAGAUGAGUCUAUAAGGAGACAAGAGUUUGGAGAAAUUAUUGUAUCUAAUGAGAACACCAGGGGUGUACUUGAAGAACUGCAUAAAGUUCCAGAAACUAUUGUCAGCACAAACAACAUGAUUCUUCAGAACAAAGACUCAUCCAUCUUGCGGAUUACCAAUAAAUGUCAGAAAGACAAGGCUCUUUUCGAAAUAAUUUGUGAAGGUGAGUCCGCCACUAAGGAGGAGGGACAAGCAUCCAAUCAUCAUCCAAGAGGUUCUUUUGGCUUUCCUCGAUGGCUUGAGGUCAUUCCAUCAGCUGGCAUAAUCAAACCAGAUCAUAUUGCGGAGAUUUUAGUUCAUCACAAUGAAUUCCACAUGCAGGAGGAGUUUAUUGAUGGUAUUGCUUAUAACUCUUGGUGUGAGGAUGCCAGAGACAAGGAAGCUAUACUAGUGGUCAAAGUGCAUGGCAGCUACACAACCGAGACUAGAAGCCAUCGUAUUCAUGUGCGUCACUGCUCCUCAGGUAAGGCCAUGCAUGCAGAUAAUAAGGAUAACUCUGGUCAAAUCCAAGCAAAUCUUCUUCGCCGGUCGGAUUUUCAGCGUCUCAGCAGCUCAGAUGAAGUAGUUGGCCACCUAAAAACUUUUCAUGACUCCUUGAGACUGUAAAUAUACUGCCAGAGCACUUGCCAAUGAAUACUAGCGUUGGGCAUAGUUGGCCAAGCUUGAAAGGGCCUCUCGGGCAACCAUGCUAUCUUCUAGAUGUAAAUAGGCAGAGCCUGAAUGCAAAUUUUGUGCUACUUGAUCGUUGUCUGAUUUGGUGGAGUUGCAGUUCCUGCUAGCUUCUAGCGCCAAUCGAUCGAGGCUCUGCUCAGUUUUUGAUGUGUGCAAAGGUUGUGUUUCGAGACUACUAAUUGUCAACAGCAGGCAUGUGUACAUAAAGCAGAGUGUCUGGCACGUAUAAGAUGGUUUCUGGAUUGGUUACAUUACAGACCUCGUAAAUAACCUCAAGUUUUGAGGGCAGAAGCUAAUACCAGCCAAGGGUUCGUUGCGUUUGAAGCAUUUAAAUUCUUAAAUAUCCUUGUUCUGUAUAUGCAAAACUGAAGAUAAACAACAGGACACUCAUUAAAAUCUUCCCCCAUUUUUUGCAUUUAUUUAAGCUGUCUUUCUUUUUAUUUUAUUUUAAUUUUUUCAUUUCCUUUCUCAUGGUAAAAUUGUCAGCGUUGGCUGUUAUAAAGCAGAAUGUACUGAAGAACGGUGUGUAAUUGGCGUUGCAUUACAUUGAUUAAUGGGGUUCCAUUCA